UAGACGCGGAACCGGGAGAGGGAGAGCGCAGCGGGCGUUAUUAGCUAGGGGAGAGGGCGGACGAGUGUUGCCCUUCAUCAUUUCACCUCACUUUUACAUUGUCUCGGUACCGUUGUACUGUUUUGUCGACCAGACCGCGAUAGACACAGAGCCGCUGUGAAAAUGGCGCAGCCAGAAAGCAAGAAGAUAUUCUUUGAGAACCUGUCCGGAGCGGGGAAAGCCAUCGCCGUGCUGACCAGCGGAGGGGAUGCUCAAGGGAUGAAUGCUGCCGUACGUGCCGUGGUUCGAAUGGGGUUAUAUGUGGGCGCAAAAGUUUAUUUCAUUCAUGAGGGAUAUCAGGGGAUGGUGGAUGGUGGGGAGAACAUAGUGGAAGCCUCAUGGGAAAGUGUCUCCAGCAUGCUACAAGUGGGCGGGACUGUUAUCGGCAGCGCCCGCUGUAAGGAGUUUCGCAGCCACGAGGGCCGCCUGAAGGCCGCCCACAACCUGGUGCAGCAAGGCAUCACCAACCUGUGCGUUAUCGGUGGAGACGGCAGUCUGACGGGAGCCAACCUCUUCAGGGAGGAAUGGAGCGGCCUGCUGACGGAGCUGGUGGAGCAAGGUUUGAUUGAGGCCGACGCGGUCCAGAAGUACUCGGCCCUUCACAUCGUGGGGAUGGUUGGCUCCAUCGACAACGACUUCUGUGGCACCGACAUGACAAUCGGCACCGACUCCGCUCUGCACCGGAUCAUCGAAGUGGUGGACGCCAUUAUGACCACUGCACAGAGUCACCAGAGAACCUUUGUUUUGGAGGUCAUGGGCAGACACUGUGGCUACCUGGCCUUGGUCAGCGCCCUGGCUUGUGGAGCCGACUGGGUUCUGAUCCCUGAGAUGCCCCCAGAGGACGGCUGGGAGGACAAGAUGUGUGAAAAACUGUCUGCGACCCGUUCCAGGGGCACAAGGCUGAACAUAAUCAUAGUUGCAGAGGGAGCCAUUGACAGGCACGGGAAGCCUAUAACUUCUGGUAUAGUCAAGGAUAACCGAGCAGGGAUGAAAAGGCUGAAUAUCAUAAUUGUAGCCGAAGGGGCGAUUGAUCGUAGCAACAGGCCAAUUACCACUGACUACAUCAAGGAUCUCGUCGUCAAAUGCUUGGGUUUCGACACGCGAGUGACCAUCCUGGGCCACGUGCAGAGAGGAGGGACCCCUUCUGCUUUUGACCGCAUCCUGGCCAGUCGGAUGGGUGUGGAGGCUGUCCUUGCACUUCUGGAGACCACAGCGAACACGCCAGCCUGUGUGGUGUCUCUCUGCGGUAACCAAUCGGUGCGCCUGCCUCUGAUGGAAUGUGUACAGAUGACUCAGGAGGUCCAGAGGGCCAUGGACGGGAAGCGGUUUGAGGAGGCUGUGAGGCUGCGGGGCAGGAGUUUUGAAAACAACCUGAGGACGUACAAACUGCUGGCUCAUCGCAAACCAGAAUCCGAACUGCCAGUUAGCAACUUCAACGUGGCGGUGCUGAACGUCGGUGCCCCCGCAGCGGGCAUGAACGCCGCCGUGCGCUCAGCCGUCAGGGUGGGCAUCUCCGAGGGGCACAAGAUGUUUGCUGUCAAUGAUGGUUUUGAGGGAUUCUACAAAGGACAGAUUAAGGAGAUUAAAUGGGCCGAUGUGGGAGGAUGGACGGGACAAGGAGGAACUCUGUUGGGAACCAAAAGAACACUUCCUGGAAAGCAUGUUGACAAAAUCGCUGAGCAGAUGCGAAUGCACAAUAUUAAUGCUCUGCUAAUUAUUGGUGGAUUUGAGGCCUUUGAGAGUCUGCUGCAGCUGUACGAGGCUCGCGCUACCCACGAGGACUUUUGCAUCCCGAUGUGUAUGCUGCCCGCCACCAUAAGUAACAAUGUGCCGGGCACAGAUCUAAGUAUCGGGGCAGACACGGCCCUCAAUGCCAUCGUGGAGACCUGCGACCGCAUCAAGCAGUCGGCAAGCGGCACCAAGAGACGCGUGUUCAUCAUUGAGACCAUGGGUGGCUACUGCGGCUACCUGGCCAGCGUGGGCGGCCUGGCGGCCGGAGCCGAUGCGGCCUACAUAUACGAGGAGCCGUUUGACAUCCGAGACCUGCAGGCCAACGUAGAACAUUUGACUGAGAAAAUGAAGACCAGCAUCCAAAGAGGACUGGUCCUAAGGAAUGAGAACUGCAAUGACAACUACACCACAGACUUUAUCUACCAGCUGUACUCUGAAGAAGGGAGGGGGGUGUUUGACUCCAGGAAGAAUGUGCUGGGACACAUGCAGCAGGGAGGAGCGCCGUCUCCGUUCGACCGGAACUUUGGGACCAAAAUCACCGCCAAGGCGAUGCAGUGGGUCAGCAAGAAGCUGGUGGAGACAUACAGGCAGGAUGAAGGCCGAGUGUUCGCCAACACAGAGGACUCCUGCUGCCUGCUGGGGAUGCGACGCAGGGCUCUGGUCUUCCAGCCCGUUGUACAACUCAAGGACGAGACCGACUUUGUUCACAGGAUCCCCAAGGAGCAGUGGUGGUUGAAGCUGCGUCCUCUGAUGAAGAUCCUGGCCAAGUACAAGACGAGCUACGACGUGUCAGACUCCGGUCAGCUGAUGCACGUUGUGCGCAACCGGCCCAAAGACUCGGACGCUUCGGUGGCCAUGUGAAGGCCAGCGGGUCCUGUGUGUGUGUGUGUGUGUGUGCACGCGCGUCCGGGGCGGCGGCGAGGUGUGCGUUUCCCGUAACAAGAGCUUCAGUGUUCAUUUCAUGUCUGUCAUUUCCUGUAACGUAGCCUCUGCACUGCUCCUAAAUUCAAACAAACCCCACACAGGUGCGCUCUCGUGCACACCUGUCUUGCUGUGAGUCUUGUGUGUCCUUGUCGCCCUGGAUGUUUAGUGUCACCGCCGUAUUAAAAUUGCACUUUCUCUGUUUCUGGUUGGGUAGGCAGGGUCUGAGGCCAGAGCUGCACAAGAAUGGAAAAUACACUGUAUGUAUCGUGUGUGUGUGUGUCUGCCUGCCUGCCUAGACCCAGUGUGAGGUUCAGCAUAUUUAUGUGAGACUGAUAGAGUUCUUCUGCUGCAAGAGGACUGCGUGCUGCUUUACUAAACUAAUAAUUGUCUUUUUAACAUUGUUUAUUUUUCUCGUCAACAUGGAUGCUUGUUUGUAGGCAGUGCUGUGCUGGGUAGCUGUCACAUAUAAGUUAGAUGUGUAAGACUAAUGUUUCCCACGGAAUAAAAAUCAGACUUGAGAACUAUAA